GGAAAUUGAGGCACAGAGAUGAACUAAUCUGAACCAGAUAGUACCUUAAGUGGUAGAACCAGGAUGCAAAUUUGGACAGUUUGGCUCCAGAGUCUAUACUCUUAACGUCUGUGCUAUACUGGCUCUUCAAUAAGUUCCAAAAGAUGAGUCGUGGAUAUUCAGAAAACAACAAUUUCCUCAACAAUAAUAACCAAAUGGUGCUGGACAUGAUCCUUUAUCCACUAAUUGGCAUCCCUCAGACCAUCAACUGGGAAACCAUAGCAAGGCUCGUGCCUGGAUUAACACCCAAGGACUGUGCAAAAAGGUUUGAUGAACUGAAGAGCAGUGGAAGCUCACCUGUUGACAAUCAGUAUAAUCCCCUAAUGGCUGCUGGAGAGAGUCCUGUUGAAACAUUAGCCACAUAUAUCAAAGCCUCGCUUCUUGACACACACGGAGAAUUUCAGGAGACUCCAGCUGGUCAGGAUGCCAGUUCCCUAACAGGAAGACAUAGUCUAGCUUCCACAAGGAAUUGUUCUUCAGAAAGUGAAAAUUGUACUGCACGUAAUGGUGGAGAAAAGACUGAAGAAUCUGAAGGGCCAAACAUGGUGAUCCAUGUAUGUGAUGAAGCAAAAAACUUGAAAGAAGAUUUUAUUUGCCCACGAGAUCUUUUGAUAUCAGAAAUGAAGUACUUUGCUGAAUAUUUAUCUAUGGAUGCCCAGCGCUGGGAAGAGGUGGACAUUUCAGUUCAUUGUGACGUUCACAUUUUCAACUGGUUGAUAAAAUAUGUUAAAAGGAAUACUAAGGAGAAUAAAGAUUGUGAGAUGCCCACUUUAGAGCCAGCAAAUGUCAUUUCAAUUCUUAUAUCCUCAGAAUUUUUGAAAAUGGAUUCAUUAGUUGAACAGUGUAUUCAGUAUUGCCAUAAAAACAUGAAUGCCAUAGUAGCUACCCCAUGCAACAUGAACUGUAUUAAUGCAAAUCUUCUUACACGUAUAGCUGAUCUAUUCACACAUAAUGAAGUUGAUGAUUUAAAAGAUAAGAAAGAUAAAUUUAGAAGUAAACUUUUUUGUAAGAAGAUUGAGAGACUCUUUGAUCCUGAGUACUUGAAUCCAGAUUCUCGGAGUAAUGCAGCGACAUUGUAUAGAUGCUGUUUGUGUAAAAAACUUUUAACAAAAGAAACAGAAAGAAGAAUUCCUUGCAUUCCUGGAAAAAUCAAUGUGGAUCGACAUGGAAACAUUAUCUAUAUCCACAUAAGAGAUAAGACAUGGGAUGUUCAUGAGUAUUCGAAUAGUCUUUUUGAAGAAUUAAAAUCUUGGAGAGAUGUUUAUUGGCGCUUGUGGGGAACAGUCAACUGGCUGACUUGUUCAAGAUGUUAUCAGGCUUUUCUCUGUAUUGAAUUUUCACAUUGUCAGUACCACUCAGAAACAGUGGUUUAUCCUACUGCAGCAAGUUCGGUGAGUACUGUUGGCACUGGAAUUUAUCCCUGCUGUAACCAAAAGGUUCUUCGGUUUGCUACUCAGCUUACAAAGGGCUGUAAAGUAAAGGACCACAUGGUUGCUGUUCGUGAUCAUGGCGAAGGUGGGGACUUGCUGUCCUGUCCAACUACUAGAAUACUGGACGACCUGCAGAAGCACAAAGAUGUCAUUGUUGUGCCUUUUUCUAAAGAUACAGUUAGUGAUCCUGGGGUUGGCCCCUGUGAUGAGAAGGGUCUAGAAUGUGAUGCUUUACUGGAGCCAAAUACACUUUGGGGCCCGAAAACUGGGGAGCUCAAUGCUUUCUUGUCACUGAAAAACUGGACUCUGCAACUGAAGCAACAAUCAUUAUUUUCAGAAGAAGAAGAAUAUACCACUGGAUCUGAGGUCACUGAAGAUGAAGUUGGGGAUGAAGAAGAAGUAUCCAAGAAACAAAGGAAAAAGGAGAAGCCAAAGAAAUUCACUAAACAACCAAAAAAACCAAUAUCUUCACCCUGUACACAGAAGAAAGAAAAGGCAUUGGAGAAGUCAGCUUCUAGAGAUGUGUCUCCUUUCAUUGUGAGUAUGCAGAAGAAUAAAUGGGAUGCCACAAGAUCCUUGAGAUUCAACCAAGAUGCACAGAGAGAAGAUGAUCAGCGGCGGAUGUCUGAAAUUACAGGACACCUAAUAAAAAUGAGAUUGGGUGAUCUGGAGCGAGUCAAGUCAAAGGAAGCAAAAGAAUUUGCAGGAGGUAUUUACUCCAGGAUUGAAGCUCAAAUCAAGGCCUCAGUGCCAGUCAGUGCCCGGCAAACCAGCUCAGAGAAAAACACAAGGUCUAAAAGUCGUUUUGCUCAAGGACGUCCUGCAUAAAGCACCUUAAAAUAUAUCUAGAAAGACAGAAGACACACUCCUGGACAUCUGAAAUUGCUCACUUCUUGAAGAUCUUCAGAAUGAUGACUUCUGAGUGUUUUAAGUUAUUUAUUAAUUAUUCCCGUAAGCCACAUAAGUCAUAGUGCUAAGAGACAUGUAUAGUUAGGUUUCAAGGAGAUCUAAUUGUAAAUAGGAAACUUCUUACACCUAAUUUUCUCUUAGUGUGAUUCUAAGCUAUAUAGAAAACAGUUAUUUACAAGUUUGCAUACUUAAGUAUCCUGGUAUUUGUUGUCUUUUAUUUAUUUGAAAGAGAAGAGGCCUAAAGCUGUCAAGUCGCUAAGUCUUUCUAAAGACUUCCCCUUAAAAAGUUGGGGAACUCAUGUGGUAGUGUGACCAUGCAUGCGCACUGAUCGUGGUAUGUCUUUGGGGCUGUAAGUCUUGGGGUAGUAUUGAGAGCUGAGGUUUGUAUGAUGGAAUUCCCAAUGAUGCUGAUUUUAAGUUUGCAUGAACACGAAGAAGUGGCAAAUCUCAAGACUACAGUAAAUGAAGUUUCAAGGUGAGAUAUUUCAAUACUGUGUUGGGCAGAAGGGUUCCUUUUUUUUUUUCCAGCAUUACUCUAUGUACAAUGUUAAUCCAACUUUUUUCUUUCAGUUUUUAAUGCUUAUCUAUUGGUCAUUGAAACUGCAAGUA